AUGCCGACCGUCGAGGACUACUUUGACGACGACACCGAUCUCCCCCUCCCACCCUCCUCCAAGGGGCACCUCCCCGACACGGGCAUGCGGGGAGCCCUCGUCGAGGAGAUCACAGACGACUUUGACUUUGACAAGGCCGCCGAGCAGGGCCGUGGCGAGUAUGGCGCCGACUCGAAGCCGCCCCCGCCUUCCGCCAACAAGGGCAAGCUUGUCAUGCGCGAUGACCCCGGAGAGGUGCGCCCGAGCGGUCCUUCUGGCCCCCAGAUCAACCCCAACACGCCGAUGGGCGGCUUCAUGGGCGACAUGCUCAAGCUGCAGGAGGCCGAGGAGGCGCGCAUCGCCAAGCUCCGCCAGCAGUUUGGCAACUCGAACAUUGCAAAGGACCCGAGCACCUGGCACUCGGUGUACCCGCGCUACUUUGACGCCAAGGUGUCGGUGAAGGACGGACGCCGUGUUCCCCGCGCCAAGGCGCUGUGGUGGCCUCAGGCUGCGCACAUCGCUCGCGCGUGUGCGUCGCUGGGACUUCCCUCCGUUCUCGAGCCGGAGAAGACACACCCCGCCGACUGGGAGAACCCCGGCCGAGUCAAGGUCCAGCUGACUCGCGACGGUGCGGUCGUCAACCCCCGCGCCUCGAACCGCACACAGCUGUACCUGCUUCUCGCCGAGUACAUGCAGGCGGCCAACCCCUCGCUCGUCCCGACGAAGGAGGACAGCAAGCCGCUGAAUCCCGCGCCGGCCGCGCCCGUCCAGAAGUCGAAGAAGGGCAAGGGCAAGGCCGCCCCGACGAAGCAGGUCGCGCGCCACCCAACCCGCGCGCCGCUGCCCCCGCAGCCCCUGCCUGCUAUGGACGAUCGCCUGCCGCUUCACACCCCCGUGGCCGCUGCCGGCGUUGCGCUGUCUGCCCUCAAGCGCGACCUCGAGCAGGCCAAGGAGCAGAAGAAGAACAAGCCGAUCGGCGGUCCGGAGGAGGGCAAGCAGCCCAAGAUGAAGCGUGUCGUUGUGCGGGGAAAGCGCUAA